AUAGCAUUGAGAUAAGUCAAUCAAACCUGAAAUGUAGGCCUAACUAAAUGCAAAAUGGAUCUUCGUGUGCCUGGUGUGGUUGUGUGUGUUUCCUUGAUGUUGGCAGUUUUCACCUGCCGAAUUCACAGUGCUGAAGUUAAAUCCACCCAAAAUGUAACAAUAAAACAGAAAGGAUAUCUCUGGUCAUUAUUUGGAGCGCAGUGCGGCCAUAAAUAUGACUUCGAUGUGGACCAGGCGAAGUGCGGCCAACCAGCGGUCGCGUCCACAAUCGGUCUUCAUGAUGGACCGCUGAGGAUUGUCGGAGGAAACAUAUCUGCGCCGCAGAAUUGGCCCUGGAUGAUUUCCCUUACAAAUCCAUCCUAUGUUCAUGUAUGUGGUGGUUCACUGAUAGGCCGGCGAUGGGUCUUGACGGCUGCUCACUGCAUGACGAGAGCUGGCUACACCAACAUAUCAGAGUGGACCGCCAUACUUGGGAAAUAUUAUCAACUUGUUCCUGAGUCGACAGACGUGUUGCGAGGCAUCAAACGCGUCAUCGUCCAUCCUGACUAUAAAGUCCGACCAUCCGACCCCAGUGCCCUUGGGUCAUUCUCCACCUAUGAAAAUGACAUUGCCCUGCUAGAACUUGACGGAGAAGUAACUCUCAACGAUGACAUUCGACCAGUGUGCCUACCGGAUAGACUGAGAUUUACAAAGAAGGAUACGUGUGCAAUCACAGGCUGGGGUCUCACAUACGACGUCAGCAGUGCGUCAAGUAUCGCGGAGCUGCUGGGAUUACGGGAGGCACAGGUUCCCCUCAUAAAGGCUUCGUGGUGCAAAAGAAGAGCCUACAAGUAUGAAAAAUCAUUGAUAGAACGCACCAUGAUAUGUGCCGGGUAUGACAAAGGCGGUGUGGAUGCAUGUCAGUUUGACAGUGGUGGUCCGUUGUCCUGCAUGGAUAAACGUGAUGGCAGAUGGUAUCUGACAGGCAUUACAAGCUGGGGCUAUCCGGUCUGCGGUCAACCGGGAUACCCAGGCGUUUACACAUUGGUGCCAGCAUUCAGCAAAUGGAUUCGUUAUCAGAUUUCUGCUACAACAGAUUAAAAUAACCUUCAUGCUGACUUGGACAUUCAAUUCGGAUCAGGACUUUCUGCAGAGAGUGAACAACGUAGGGGUAACACCUCACGAGAAAAAAUGUGAAGUUGAACAUUUGGGUUUAAUUUCUUUUUACCAUGAAUAAGGAAUACUCGCUCCGAGAUAUGUUCUGUAUUACUAUAAUCGUAUUAAUAUUGUUAAAAGAAUGAUAAGCUCGGGACACAGGCCCCGAUAUUAGCAUUGUGAUCCGUUCAAUAAGGUAGAACAAUAUCUUGACGGUCUCUUACGAACUCUUAAAGUUCAGGUAGAUCUAACUACAUGUACUUCUAUAGUUCGUCUGUUGAGACGGGCAUGGUACCUAAUCCAGCUUCGCCCGAGGUCGUGAAAUCCUUUGAGUUCAGAUCUUAAUUCAACA